AUGGCUAGCCGGAGAGAAGUACGUUGCCACCGUUGCGGUAGAUGGAUGUGGGCUCAACCCGAGGUCCGUGCCGUCCAAUGCUCAACCUGCCAUACGGUCACGCAGCUCUACUCGCUCGCGGACAUAGCUCGCGGCGCAAACCGCUUGAUUCAUGGGUUUCAACAGCUACGUAGACGACAACAGCAUCAUGAACAAGAACAAGAACAACAAAUGAUGGCUCAACCACCGCCGCGGCUGCUGGAGGCUCUUCCCUCGGCGUUUGGGAAGAAGAGAGCGGUUUUAUGUGGCGUGAACUACAAGGGAAAAAGCUACAGCUUGAAAGGUUGCAUCAGCGACGCAAAAUCCAUGAGAUCUUUCUUGGUUCAACAAAUGGGUUUCCCUCUUGACUCUGUUCUCAUGCUCACCGAAGACGAAGGCAGUCCACAGAGACUACCGACGAAGAGAAACAUUAGGAAGGCGAUGAGAUGGCUAGUCGAAGGAAACAGAGCAAGAGACUCGCUCGUGUUCCAUUUCUCCGGCCAUGGAUCUCAGCAGAAGGACUACAACGGAGACGAGAUGGAUGGUCAAGAUGAAGCCUUGUGCCCUUUAGACCAUGAAACAGAAGGUAAAAUCAUCGACGACGAGAUUAACAGAACACUCGUGAGGCCACUCGUCCAUGGCGCUAAGCUUCACGCCGUCAUCGACGCCUGUAACAGCGGCACUGUCCUUGAUUUACCCUUCGUUUGCAGGAUGGAGAGGAAUGGGUCUUAUUAUGAAUGGGAAGAUCAUAGAUCAGUGAGAGCUUACAAAGGAACAGACGGUGGAGCAGCUUUCUGUUUCAGUGCUUGUGAUGAUCAUGAAGCCAGUGGUUACACUCCUGUGUUCACGGGAAAGAACGCAGGAGCCAUGACUUAUAGCUUCAUCAAAGCGGUGAAGACAGCUGGACCUGCACCGACGUACGGUCACCUGCUUAACCUUAUGUGCUCUGCGAUACGCGAGGCCCAGUCUCGCCUUGGGGACUACGCAAGCUCUGAUGCCUCUGCGUUGCCACUGCUAACAUCGUCUGAGGAAUUCGACGUCUACGCAACAAAGUUCUUACUCUGA